UUGUCUUGGAUUUGAUUUUUGACCCUAGGAUGCCGUUUCUUUGCCUCCUGUUAUAAAUUUCCUUUAUUAGAUAAAACAUUUGUCCAAAAACAUCACUGGCCUCAAACUCAAACUGAUAAGAAACUCCAAGACAAGACACGGUCCUAUGUGGGCUUAUUGGAUCCACGCAGUGGAGAACUCCCACUUCUGUCGUCUGUGAAAAGAGAAACUUCUGAACUUGGAAACCCAUUCGACUUCUUUUAUUCUUUUUGAUUCUUUCAAGUUUUCCAUCAGAACCCUGUUUUGUUUUCUUCUUUUCACUCUAUUUUCUUGCUGUUUGUUUGGCUUAUGGCAAUCUGAACGAGAUUUGCUAUCUGGGUUUUGAUUUGAAGUCAAAUUUCUUUGCUUUCUGUUUCUUGUUGAGAAAUGAUGUCAAUGACAUGCUACAGUCUUGAUUUUGGAAGGACUGUGUUUGAUUUGGCGGCUUGUGGGUGCUCCUCCAAUGCUUCAAUAGAUAGGUGUUCAGUGAGGAAUUAUGCAAGGUCGGUUUAUAGGACUUGUAAUAGAGACUAUGCUGCUAGAAGAUCGCCCUAUUGCCGGCGAGAUAGUGCUUGGUGUCGAGUUUCUUCGACCAAGGCCCCUGAGACUUUACUUAACGGGGUUAGUCAAGAUCCUGCUGUAAAUUUGAAGGAGUCAAGAGGCCCAAUUUCAUUGAUAAAUGUGUUUGAAGCGGUUGCUGGUGAUCUCCAGACUCUCAACCAAAACCUCCGGUCGAUUGUUGGUGCAGAAAACCCAGUUUUAAUAUCUGCAGCUGAUCAGAUAUUUGGUGCUGGUGGGAAAAGGAUGCGACCAGCUUUGGUAUUCCUAGUGUCAAGAGCCACAGCAGAAAUAGUAGGGUUAAAAGAACUCACUACGAAACAUCGACGUUUGGCAGAGAUCAUUGAGAUGAUCCAUACUGCAAGCUUAAUCCAUGAUGAUGUACUAGAUGAAAGUAACAUGCGAAGAGGAAAACAAACGGUUCAUCAACUGUAUGGCACGAGGGUGGCAGUACUGGCUGGGGAUUUCAUGUUUGCUCAGUCCUCAUGGUACCUAGCAAAUCUUGAAAACAUUGAAGUCAUUAAGCUUAUCAGCCAGGUUAUUAAAGAUUUUGCAAGUGGUGAAAUAAAGCAAGCAUCUAGUUUGUUUGACUGCGAUGUUGAACUCGAGGAGUACUUGAUCAAGAGCUAUUACAAAACUGCCUCUUUAAUUGCUGCAAGUACCAAAGGAGCUGCUAUUUUUAGUGGGGUGGACAGCAGUGUUGCUGAACAAAUGUAUGAAUAUGGUAAGAAUCUUGGUCUGUCCUUCCAAGUUGUUGACGACGUACUGGAUUUUACGCAGUCAGCAGAGCAGCUGGGGAAGCCAGCUGGCAGUGACUUGGCAAAGGGGAACCUUACCGCCCCUGUAAUAUUUGCUCUGGAGAAAGAACCAAAACUGAGAGAAAUCAUUGAGUCUGAAUUCUGUGAGACUGGUUCUCUGGAUGAAGCUGUUGAGUUGGUUAAGCAGUGUGGGGGAAUUGAAAGAGCACAAGAAUUAGCGAAGCAGAAAGCUGAUCUUGCAAUACAGAAUCUUAAUUGUCUUCCUCGGGGUGUAUUUCAAUCACAUCUCAAAGAAAUGGUGUUGUACAAUCUCGAACGGAUUGAUUAGUUAGAUACUGCUUGAUAGGAAACAAAUAUAGGUAAGCUUUACAGGGGUAUAAACAGAAUAAGCUGGAUGAGAAUCCUUUAUGUAUCAGUGCAGCAAUUGUUUUUCUGCAAUUGUUUCACCUGAAAUUGGCCCAAACAGAAAUAACUCCGCAAAUUUUCUGGUAUACAGAUUUUUGUGGCCAUCAAUAAUGUGAAGCUUCUUUAUGUAUUUUUGCUGAUUUUCUUCUUCGUGUUAUCAUGUUGUAAUUAUUAUACAUGAUAUUAUCAUUUUCUGAACCCUUGAAGCCUUCA